CUGAUCGGGCGUGUGCUGGGAAGCAGGGGUGGACGAGAGUGGCUUCUGGCUUCUGGCCCCGACCCCGCGUAGGAGUUGCUGCUGCUUCCUGUACCCAGCACAAUGUUUCUGCCACCUCUCCUGCUGCUGCUAAGCUUUGCCACAGCUGCCGUUGAAGUCAAAAGGCCUCGAGGUGUCUCCCUUACCAAUCAUCAUUUCUAUGACAAAUCUAAGCCCUUCACCUGCCUGGAUGGAUCUUCCACUAUCCCCUUUGAUCAAGUAAAUGAUGACUACUGUGAUUGUCAGGAUGGCUCCGAUGAACCAGGAACUGCUGCCUGCCCAGAGGGACGCUUCCACUGUACCAAUGCUGGCUAUAAGCCCCACUAUAUCCCCUCAAGCCGUGUCAAUGAUGGGAUCUGUGAUUGCUGUGAUGCCACAGAUGAGUACAACAGUGGUGUCAUCUGUGAGAACACAUGCAGGGAAAUGGGCCGGAAGGAGAAGGAGACUCUGGAACAGAUGGCGGAAGUUGCCCGUGAGGGCUUCCGGCUCAAGAAGAUCUUAAUUGAAGAAGGGAAGAAGGGCCAGGAGGAAAAGCGGAGCAGGCUCCUUGGUUUACAAGAGUCGAAGAAGGCCCUGGAGGAGCAGGUGGCAAUGCUGAGAGCAGUGAAGGAGGAAGCAGAGAAGCCUGAGAAAGAAUUCAAGGAGCGGCACCAGAGGCUGUGGGAAGAGCAGCAGGCUGCAGCCAGGGCCACAAGGGACCAGGAGCAGGCCGCCAGUGCUUUCCAGGAGUUGGAUGACAACACCGAUGGAGUGAUUUCCGUGGCUGAACUUCAGACUCACCCAGAGCUGGACCCCGAUGGUGAUGGGGCUUUGUCAGAAGCAGAAGCCCAGGCUCUUUUAGGAGAGGCCUUGCGUGUGGAUGCUGCCAGCUUCCAAGAAGGCCUGUGGGCAGCCAUCAAGGAUAAGUACCGGCAGGAGUCCCUGCCUACUGUGCCACCCCUUGCUGAGGCCACAACAGAGAAUUUGCUAGAGGUCCCAGAACAGCCAUCCCCAGCAGAGGAUGAAGAUGAAGGGCCUGGGUUGGAAGAAGAAAUGGAGGAGGAUGAAGAGGACGAAGAAGAAGAUACCCCUGAGGAGGAUAAGGAGCCCUUGCCCCCACAGUCAGUCAAGGUGGACAAGGAGGUGGAGAAGGACAAGAUGCCUCCAUAUGAUGAGAGAACACAAGCCUAUAUUGACGCGGCCCAGGAAGCUCGAGACCAUUUUGAAGAAGCCGAAAAGUCAUUGACAGAGAUGGAGGAGUCCAUCAGGAACCUAGAGCAAGAGAUGGCGCUGGACUUGGGUCCCAGUGGGGAGUUUUCCUACCUCUUUGGCCAGUGCUAUGAGUUAUCCACCAAUGAAUAUAUUUAUAGACUGUGUCCCUUCAACCGAGUCACCCAGAAACCUAACCAUGGAGGUUCUGAGACCAACUUGGGCACGUGGGGGUCCUGGGAUGCAUCAGAGGAGGAGAAAUUCCGCAUCAUGCAUUAUGAACAUGGGACAGGUUGCUGGCAAGGCCCCAACCGCUCUACCAAGGUGAAGCUGGUAUGUGGGAAGGAAACUGUAGUCACGAGUGCCACAGAGCCAAGCCGAUGUGAGUACCUGAUGGAGCUGGUGACCCCAGCCGCGUGCCAGGAGCCGCCCCCAGAGUCCCCAGGGGAUCCUGACCAUGAUGAGCUCUAAGCCCCCCAGAAUCCCAGGGGAGAAGUUAAUACCUCCAGGACCUGCAUACACAUCUCCCUCCCAACCCUGACCCAGGAUAUGUGCUCCUGCCCACCCUGGCUCUUUGGGGGCCAGUGCAGGGGGCCCCCUGAACCUUCCUCCUUGGAAGGCUCGCUAUGUUGAUGAAGAGAGUCUCGGUGUGCCUCCCUUGGAAGACCAAGAGGCUGCCUUUGAUUGGGGAAGCCUCACCCAUCCCUUCUGGUCUAGCUGCUCAAGUGACUGGGACACUUUGCCUGCCCAAUCCCCCUCCCAUGUUGGCAGCUCCACCCUGAUGGGUGACUUGAUGCCCUCUCACCCUGGCCUUGCUUCCGGCCCAGGUGGUACAACUGGCUACGUAGCUAGUGAGCAAGACCUGCUGGGGUGGGAGAGCCUGACUUCACUGUGACCUUGGCACAAUAAACUCAGAUCCUUCCCCAUAGCUCCAA